AUGGCGAUGGAGAGCGACAGGACAAUGGACGAGGGAGUUGGAAUGCAGCUUCUGCUGGAGGGCAAGAAGACAUUGACGAUUGGCGUCGAUGCUUUGGAGCUCAGCGACCCUGUUGCAAAGAAGUCGGGCCGCUCAUCUUGUAGCCCCCUUUCUUCUCGACCCGUCUCGAAAAACAGUGUUCCACUGUACAACGUUCUCUGGGCCGAGCUCUCCGACAAUCGCAUCACCGUCGACUAUGCCAUACACGCUUCGAAAACCUUGAUCAAGCCUGGGAAAUGGUCAUUUGCGCUCGCGGUACCGGACGAGGCCGGUAGCGGCACCUCCCCCGAGAGCUUCGUCAAGACCCUCCUAUCACGCGCAUACGGCGAUGCGCCUCCCCAGAAGCGCGCCUAUGUCUUGAUCAACCCGAACUCUGGCCCCGGAGGUGCUGUCAAGAAGUGGGAGAGUGAGGUCAAGCCGCUCUUCGACGCUGCUCGACUGCAGCUCGAUGUAGUUAUCCUGAAGCGCGGAGGCGAGGCCACUGAGCUUGCGGAAAAGGCCGACCUAUCGAGGUACGAUACUAUCAUGGCUUGUUCGGGAGACGGAACGCCGCACGAGAUCUUCAAUGGCCUUGCAAAGCGACCUGAUGCUGCUAAGGCGCUCGCUUCGAUUGCUGUCAGCCACAUCCCCUGCGGCUCAGGAAACGCCUUCUCUUGUAACCUCUAUGGAUCCCAUCGGGCCUCCUUUGCUGCCCUUGCUAUCAUCAAGGGCGUCGUGACUCCGAUGGAUCUGGUCUCGGUCACGUCCGGCAGCAACCGCAUCAUCUCGUUUCUGUCCCAAACCCUGGGCAUCAUCGCCGAGAGUGAUCUGGGUACUGAACACCUUCGAUGGAUGGGCAGUGCACGAUUCGAGGUUGGAGCCUUGCAGCGAAUGUUCAAGAGAACGUGCUAUCCAUGCGACUUGGCCGUAAGGGUCGAGAUUGACGAGAAGGAGGGCGUCAAGGCGCACUACAAGCACCAUGCUAGCACCACCAGUCUGGCUGCACUGGCCAAGGCCGCCGAGACAGCGCCUGCGGAAAGCGAGGGCCUACCUGCGCUCAAGUAUGGUACGGUUCAAGAUGACCUUCCUGAGGGAUGGGAACUUGUUCCCUACGACAAGAUUGGCACGUUCUAUGCCGGUAACAUGGCAUACAUGUCGCCCGAUGCCAACUUCUUCUCCGCUUCGCUGAUUUCGGAUGGUUGCAUGGACCUAGUCACUAUUGAUGGCGACUUGCCUCCUUUCACGGCGAUCGGGGUCCUUCUUGACGUUGGGGCCGACAAGCUGUUUGACAACCCGCAUGUCACGUACAAGAAGAUUUCGGCGUACCGAGUCAUCCCGAGAAACCAGGAUGACGGCUUCAUCAGCAUCGACGGUGAAAAGAUUCCGUUUGGACCUAUCCAGGCUGAGAUACACCAGGGCCUCGGAAGGGUCAUCUCAAAGUCCGGCAAGUAUGAGGCUAAGGGUCCUGCGAACUGGGAUAAGGUGGCGCUGUCGGAUCGAAUUCACGCUUGA